CAAUUUUCUCCAAAUACUUAUGGAUUUUCACCAAUACUUCCAUAGAAAUAUAUAGAGACACCUAGUACAGGAAACGUCCGCAUGUAAGAACAGAGCGUAUGGAGGAAUUCUCACGAUCACUGCUGGAGCUAAAUGGAGGCUCCAGUCCAUCCAAGCUGCUGCGUUGCCCUGAGGAAGGGUGCCAGAAAGUUCUCACCAGCUCACCUGGCCUGCGCUAUCAUUUAAAGACACAUACAUCUGGUGAUAAUAGACCAUACUGCUGUUCCAAGUGUCAGAAAACUUUUAAAAGUUCAAAUGGACUGAAGUAUCACUUGGAAAAGACACGAUGUGAUGACGCAUCUGCUUUCAGUGGAUCCGGUGAGGAGGAGAGUUCAGCUCCAGAAGAUGAUGAGGAGGACACACAAGAGCACCUAGAACACGGCGGAGCUCUGAGCAAAGCCAAGCGAGAUAUACCACAGCUGCGAGAUCCAGAUCAAUGCGAACAGAAUACUGCUUAUACUCGGAUACAGGAUCAGUGCUCUUCUGAUGCUGGAUUUCUCACGGAACUUGCAAUUAUCGCAACAAGUCCACAGAGCCCUCUAAUGAUGAAGCCACGACUCUGGAGCCCAAUGGCUGAUGAGCUCUCAAUGAUCCACUCAUAUGCGCGACCACCUCGCUCUAGAUCAGUGUCGCCACCUGGCCUACUGGCCAAUUGCAGUCUCUACUGUAAACAAGAAUCCUAUAUGCAGCAACAGAAAUCAGAAGAUGGUGACACUAUCGUGCCAUUAUCGUCAGCUUCGUCAUCAUCGCAGGUUACUUCAUCAACCAACCUAGGGUCACCAAUAAAGUCUGCAAACAGCAAAUCUGACAACUGGUCGCAUACAUGGCCCACUGCAGUAUGGCAGUGCUUUAUGCAGACUUGUAGGAUAAAGUUUUUGUCAGGACCAAGAGCAGAACAUUGGCAGCCAGCAGAGCUGUUAGCGAGGAUGGAGGCGCUAACUGCUAAGGCAGAAGUACCUUUGCAACGAAGAACUCCAAGCUAUGCACCAGAAGGACUGCGAUUGGUCCAAAUGGAAGAGUUGCGACUUUCGCAGGCUAGCAAUGCAGCGAUGAAUUUAACAUUCACUCCAGAUCCCCCUGGUCAGCCUAGCCUCAUUGCCAACUGCCCGCUUGACCAUCCUUUCUUCGUACGGGACAGGGGUUGGUCCUCAUUCUGCCCUGCACUGACGAUGGAGUACUAUGGCAUCCCCUGUAGAGAGAUGGAGGUGGGGGAUGUUUGCUUGCCUCCGAACCAUCCAGAGGCCAGUUUCACUACAGAGGCAUAUGAAUGUUUACGCAACUAUGACUUGACUCCAGAGGAUUCCACGGCUGUGUUUAUGCUCAGCAGUAUGGCCAGGCAAAAGCGCGACCUGUUGGAGGUUGCCCCGAUGAAGCCGGUGCCGUCAAGCAAGUCGCGCAUGAGACACAAGAGCGAACCGACGCUGACGCGCGUCAAGCGACCGAUGAAUGCGUUCAUGCUCUUCGCCAAGCGUUACCGGCUCGAGUACACCCAGCAGCAUCCAGGCAGAGACAACAGGGCCAUCAGCGUGCUGCUGGGCGAUAAGUGGCGGAAGCUGAGAAUAGAAGAGAGAAGGUUGUUCACACAGGAAGCCAGGCUGCUCGCCGAUGAGCAUCGCAAGAUGCAUCCGGACUGCUGGAAGCGCAAACGAUCGACAUCACUUAACUUGGAUGCAUGAUUUCUGGCAUGAAAAGAAGUGCACGGAGAGACAGCUUGGUGUUGUACGAGACCGAGGAAUGCUACUGUGGCGCCUUCAUCCACGAUGUGGAGGUAUUGUAUGCUGACCGAACCCAAGAUAGGUUGACAGACCCCCGGUGCAUUGAAUAGUGACACAGUUCUUACGAAGACAUUUACAGCUGCUCCUUAUUCCACCUUUCAACAUGAGGCAUAAAACGGUGGAAACAUCUGUGUCUAUUUGGAAUAUGCCGUGUAGAAUUGAGUCUAAACCGCCACCUUCUGUGUGGUAUUCAAUAUUUCAUGUAAUCUGUAGUAGUGUGAGGCACUGAAAUUAACCCAAAGAGAUCAAAUUUGCUAAUCAUGAAUUGGAUCUUAUUAUUAGGUUGUUGAUUAGUUUCUGAAUUUUUAGACUGCUCACUGAGGAUGGAGUGUGCCUACAUAACUCUCACAGUUUACAUGUAGUAUUGUGGCAUGAAUGGAUCAUGAUCCAUAAUAUUGUAUGGUGCAGAAAUUUUAAUUUCAAUCUCCUUGUCGUUUUUUUGGUAUGAGCCAAUGAAGAUUUGGCUUUUAUUUCAUUUGUGUGAAUUAAUGCAAUUAUGCAUUACUAUUGCUGGACAGAAAACGCCAGUAUGUACAGAUUAUAUAUGCAGAUUCUGAUAUGAAUACAACACAUAAUUUGAUGCUUAUGUUUACAACUGUAUUUACGUGCUAACAAUAGGUUUCUCUCCCAAGAAAAUAUAAUAAAUUACCCAGACCGUCUUCAUAUAGAUAAUUGCCAAUCUAUGUUUAUGCACAUUUGAGAUAAUUUGGACAUGGUCUCUGAUUUUUCGAAAUAUUAGGCAUCAUUUAAUGUAAAUGUCAAGUUUCUGCUGUAUUACAUUGAUAUUAGGUCAUAGGGUCAUUUUUAUAUAAUUGGAUUCAGUAGGUUUUAAACGUAAGUGUGGCUAGGAGCACUAGAUUUAUACAUCUUGAUACAUCGUAAUGGUUAGGUUAUAGGGUGAAGAAUUGUGUGUAUCCUUCAUUUGAAGGAGGUCUUAUUAUUUUGUUAUUUUUGAAUUUGAUGUUUACCAAAUUUAUGCAAUUGUUUGUGUAAGUUGAUCAAUAUCUAAAUUUUUAGAGUUUUGUAUAAAAUGGUAAUAUUUUUUAUUUGUUAAGUUUUUCAAUAGUUGAGGUGAAAUUUUGUACACGUAAGUACAUGUAUUUAUAUAGGCCUACCCUGCAAAGUCACCACUACCAUAAUUUAGGUUUUAAGUAGAGUUUGAAUGUAGCUUUAUUAACAUUACUUUUUUGCCCACAGUUUGCUGCAAAAGCUGAUGUAUACUUGAUGUUAUUAAGAUAUCCAUUAUAAUAUCAGAGUCUAGACAGCAUUGUUUUGAUGUUUGAGCAUAAUUGGCCCUUGUAUGCAGUUUUGAAGCCCACCUGCUUUGAAUAGAACGUUGUAUCAUAUUAUAUAUUAUAUGUGCCGUUGUAACGUACGAUAUACUAGUAUGUAUAUAAUAGCACGUGCACGUGACCACAGCCAGCUCAAUCAUGAGUAUAGCUAUCGAUGGUGAUCGAGUGUAUCCGUUCAACUUUGAUCGGAGUCCGUCGUCUGAAAUUGUUGGAGUAAACGUAAUGAGAAAGGUUCAGUGGUAUGGUCUGUGGCUUUAGGUUAGUGUGGAUAGGAGGUUUCAUUCAAUAUCACGUCUACCCACACAAUUUAUGUUGUCAAGUUCAAGGCCAAUUAGUAAUGUGUCGACUGUCAUAAUAAUGUUGAGCAUUUUAAGCAUUAUCAGGUUAUUACAAAGUAAAUGAGUCUACGUCUACAGAUAGAUACCUUGACUAAGUAGACGAAAAUAUUUACUGGAAGGACAUUUUUGACAACUAUCACUAUGGUCAAUAUUUUCUAUAGAUCUGCAUUAAAAUUGAAUCGGUCGAAAUUAAAUUGUUUUAUACGAUCAUAUGAAAUCUGGUGACCAUUAUUCCACUAUAUAAGAGAACGCUGCUCAGAAUUAACCAACCCUGCUAUAUUUCUUGUCAGAGCUUGAUUGUGUAACAUAAAUCGUGUGUGCAUGCGUGCGUGCAGGUGUGCGUGCGUGCGUGCGUGCGUGCGCAUGGCCCAUAUUUUUGUCUUCAUAGAUUCAGCGAUAAGCUCAUGCUCUAUAACAGAUCUCAGAUGAUCCCUCCCACCGAAUGCUUUAAUUACCACAACAUCUCUCCCAUCAGAGGUCACUAAACGUUUGUGGGCGUAGUACCCAGUGAAUGUAAAUAUACUUUAUUAGAGGCUUAGUAGGAUGACAUUUUUUAAACAUAAAAUGGCAGUGAUUGUUAAGGUACCGGUACGUAAUUAUAAAGUCUCGAUUUUGCGAAUGAUUACUCUUACCCGUAUUUACCUUUCCUAAGUGGUUUUGGUAGCAAUUUUUAUAUUGACUGCCUCGGGAAGUAAGAGUGGUGUAUUGUCACUUGCAUUAGUGCACUAACGUAUAAGUGGCAUAGAUAGUGUCGGAUUUUAAUAUGGAUAUGAGACUAUUGAUGUUGAUCGUUACCUAUAAUUCCUUACUGACUGUGUGCACCUUAGGGUUGGUAAGCAUACGCUGCAGGUGCCCACAGCUAGCAAGCUGGCGUCACUUACUAAGCCAGAUUCCACUAAGUGUACCCCCUAUACCUUUGAUAAUAGUGAUGGGCAGUAAGGUAAUGGUGCUGAACACCAGACGCCAGACGUUGGCAUGUCUGCGUCUUAUAUUCUCGCAGUGUUUCCCAUUACGAGGGCGGGAGGGGUAUCGUUAUGUCCUACCAUUGGCAGUGUUUAAAUUAAUACUUCUCUUUUCCUCAUGGGAGAUUAUAUGUGCGAGGAGUAUAUACAUAUAUUUAAACUAGAUCCAUAUUAUAGUAAGACUCUAGAGUUUUCUCGUAGCAACAAAAACUAUACUAUAACGUCUAACAUUGUUUUUUGUUAAAGUAUUGUUUAAUGUAAGACCAAGAAGUUCUGAUCCCGGUAACUCAAGAAUACGGUGAGAAAAACCUGGUAUUGUGUACGUUAGUUGUUUCGUUAGGAUAUAUGUUUUCUAGUUUAAAUAGCUAGUUUUUACGGGAACUAGGUGUAGCGUAGAAAUGGUUUAAAUCAGAUUCGACAAAUUCCGGUAAUAGAUUUAUUGAUGAAUAAAUUGGCUUAAUCAAUAACCGCUUGAUACGUAAAUGAUCUGUGUACUAUCAGUUAGAUAUUUGUGUCCAUACUCAUCGAAGCUAUUAUUGAAAUGCUGUUCAAUAUUCAAAAUGAAGUACAAUUUUGUGGUGGCGAGCGUGUUGUGUGUAUAGAUUUUGGUCAGUUAAAGCCGCACAAUGCGCAUCCAAACGCUAAUUUCUCCAGUAC